AUGGCCCGGACUGCACGCCAACGUCAGCCAUGGAACUCAAGUGCGAAGCAUCUUCGAGCCCCCGUCGACGCAUUGCCCUUCAUUGAUUCAAACCAUCACGACAAUAUUCACAAGGUCUUGCUUCUAGAAGCUUCAAGAAGUCUUCUAUCUUCGAGAGCUCUCUUUGUCUCUCAAAUGAAGUCUCAGCGGAAACAGUCUCGCGCUCGUGCAAAGGUCCGUUGCAAGCGCAGACGCGAUGCUCGCAAGAACUGCGAUGCAGCUCCAAAAGAAGCCAAAGCCAUCAUGAAGAAAUGUCCCUUCCUGCAACAGAGCAUGUUUGUGAGAAUGCUUCACUCUCAUGCCAUCUGGGAGGUUGCUAGCCAUCUCACGCUCGUCGACCAGCUUUGGCUUUCCAGAACCUGCAAAGACCUGAAUGAGAUUAUGCGUUACGCACUACGUCGCAACGCUCGUCACUCCUUCAAUGAAGAUGUCUUGGAGGCUCUCGCGGUACUUGCUUCGGAGCAGAUUGACAAGUGGGCGUGUGGACAAUGUCGUAAAUUACACUUGGUGAAUUACCAAGACACGCCUCAUCCGUCCGCCUCUUGGACUUCUCACGUCUACAAACCGGAUCUCUUUUCGGUUCCCGACCACAGUUCAUACAGUGUCGGCCAUCAUCACGUCCAGCUAACAUUAAAGUACUCCCGCCGUUUCCUUGCCUUGGCUUGCCGACGGGCCUACCUGCAAGAUCUAUUGAAGCAAAGCCGUCAGUGGAUCAGCAGCGGAGAUUUGCAAACAAUAUGCACAAUGACACCUCGAGUCUUGAAGGGAAGAUAUCUGCGCAAGUCGGAAUGGAUGAUUUUGAGUAUCGGUCGACACUUGACUUAUCGCAUGGUUGGGACCGUUACGUUGUGCUGUCACCUACUACACCUUCCAGGAAUAUGUGAAACGUCGCCUCUGUCUACGACCAUGGCCAAAGUCUUGUCAGAGGGCUCGGCUCCCGAGAUCUAUUGCUACUUCUGCGCCACAGAAUUUACAGUCAAGCUCAGCUCUUACCUGGGAAAGUUGAUUCUCCUCAUCGAGGCGUAUCAGGACUUGGGAGGUGAAGGAUCUAUUUGUGAGAAGAAUUGGAAAGCGCUUGCUUGGGACAAUCGUUCCGUGACGUAUUUCGCACAUUGUGUCCUGAACAAGCUGACGAACCGCCGCUCCGUCCGGGAGAUGUGGGAGAGGAAGCCACUUCCAUGGAAGCCUGACGACGGAUGGCCGCCGUUUCGUUGA